UAAAACAACUCCGCGAAAGUUUUUUACACUGAAUACGGUGUUGCUUCCCGUAAAACACUAUCACGCUAUGUAUUUUUUUGUUGUAAGCUACAACACACACACACACACACCGGAUUACACUACAAUGCGUUUAAUAAAACCUGUACACUUAAGUAGAUUCGUAUAAACUUAUUACUAACUCAAGCAGUCAACGGAGAAACUGUGAAUAGAAUUAUGGCCAGUCAUGCGGUGCUGUCAUCUGGAUCAAAGAUGUGGAAAUCUAUGGCCUGUGCAAAGUCCGAAUUGCGUCUAGAUCUCACUCUUUCCUGUGGACAGUCCUUUCGCUGGAGAGAAACUGCAGAAGGACACUGGACCGGGGUGAUGGGAGGGCGAGUGUGGACUCUUACCCAAACAGAUGACACACUUUGGUACCACGUGUACAAAAACCAGGACAAACAGAAGGAGGGAAGUGACAGGAAGAGGAGAUCUGGUAUUUCUCUUGCGGAGGAAAACACGGCAGAGAAGAGAUUCAAAGGUGCUCCAGAGAAGGAUGAAGAGGAGCCUUUGGCUGUUUCUUCAGUACAGAAUAGAGAGCUGGACGAAGAGAUGCUGAGAGAUUACUUCCAGCUGGAUGUGAGGAUGGAUGAUCUGUACAAGGAGUGGGGAGCAGCUGAUUGUCACUUCAAACGCAUUGCAAGCAUCUUCACAGGUGUGCGAAUGCUUCGCCAAGACCCCACUGAAUGCCUGUUUUCCUUUAUUUGCACCUCCAACAACCACAUCUCUCGGAUUCAGGGCAUGGUAGAGAGACUGUGUCAGGCUCUGGGCUCCCCCCUGUGCCAGCUUGAUCAGACCUCAUACCACGACUUUCCUUCCGUGUCUGCACUUGCAGACAGCAGCGUAGAGGCACGUCUCAGGGAUCUCGGUUUUGGAUACAGGGCUCGGUUCGUGCACCAAAGUGCAAAGCAGAUUCUGGACAACCAUGGACCCCAGUGGCUUGAUGGCUUACGCAGUGUCCCAUAUCUGGAGGCCCGUGAUGCUCUUCGUACUCUCCCUGGUGUUGGCACAAAGGUGGCAGAUUGUGUAUGUCUGAUGUCCCUGGAUAAACCAGAGGCUGUACCCAUUGACACACACAUGUGGCAGAUUGCUAAGCGUGACUAUAAAUAUACUGCCAACAAUGGGCAGAAGAGCAUUACAGAGAAACUAUACAGAGAUAUUGGGGAUUUUUUUCGAAAGCUGUGGGGACCCUAUGCUGGCUGGGCGCAGUCUGUGAAAUGUCUCUUUCAUUUUAGGUGUUGUUCUGUUCAGACCUCAAGAAGUUCCAAAGCUUUAAAGAGACAGCACAUCCAAAGCAGCCAAAGAAAGAGGAAGAGGAUAAAGAGGACAAAAUGCAGUACAAAAAAAUGAGAGUAAAAACUGAACAAAAAGGAACCAUGGAAAACCCGAAAGCCAAGCCAAGAAAGAAGAAAGCAGAGAUUUCUGUCAAUAAAGAGCAGUUAAAGUGAGGUAAACAGGAGUCUCUUAUACUGGGAUUCAUAUCAGACUACAGUAAAACACAUUUGCACUCACUUUGCUUAUUCAGUGUCACGUGAAGUCCAAUGAAAUGUAGAGAUUACUUAUCUUUCAGAAACAUGACUAAAUGGAUUGUUUUCUGCCUCUCAGGGUUUUUAUAUACGUGUGUUGUUGCAUCACUUCACUGUAACAAAUAGCCCACACUGGUGUUUUUUAUUUACAAUAAAAAAUAAGUACCC